AUGGCGACGAACACAGCGAGGCAGGGCUACAACAGCACUGCGCGACGAGAGGGAGCUCUGAAACUGGCGGGGCUGCUGUCCAGGAAGAAGAGGAAGAAGACAGGUCGGAGAAGUCGAUCUAGAAGCCUUGUGGCCGCGUGCGUCGUGGAAGGAGACAUAGCGGAACUUGGCGGACUCCCCCACGGCGGCAGAAGAGAUCGGACGUGGUCGGAGAGGCUACCCCGAGCUCGAGCUCGAGCUCGGCCGGAGCAUGGUGGGCAGGGCGAUGGCGUGGGCGUGGAGACUCACCUGGAGGCGGAGAGGGAAGAAGAUGAGGGGGAAUCGGUCAAGAGGAGACCCUAG